CACAGCUCGCGGCGUCCCCAGCGGACCUCGGCUUGCAAACGUAAGCAUUAGGCCGCAGUGACAGUGCGCUGCAGGUGCCGGACAAGUGCACCGCCAUGCGGGUGCUCUGGCUGCUCCUGGCAGCCAGCGCGCACGCCUUCCUCGCGCCCACAAGCCGUAGAACAUGCGUGCGUCAAAGGAGCAUCGAAGAUGAUUUAAUUGCCGAGCUCGACGCCACCGCCGAGGAUGUAGAGGAGGCGCGUAAUAGCAUCGAAGAGGAUCUAACCGCUGAGCUCGACGAGGCUGCUGAGGCUGAAGAGGAAGCAAGGUACCAGGCCGAGCUCGAAGAAAAAACAAAAAAAGCCGCCGCCGCGACCUGCUGGGAGGGCCUGCCGGAGACCGUCCUCGAUAAUCUCGCGGCGCACAACAUAAACACGCCGCUGCCAGCCCAGGAUAGAGCUUGGGGCCCUCUGGUCAACGGCCUCGACGCGAUCGUCAGCUCGCCGACGGCGACGGGCAAGACCCUCGCGUAUAUGAUACCCCUCGCGCAGCGGUUACUGGAGAAGCCCCGCGAGAUGCCCACGAAACGGGGUCCCGCCUCACCUCGAGUAGUGAUCAUGGCGCCGUCUCGAGAGUUAUCCUCGCAAAUCGCCAAGGAGUGGGAUGAAUUGGUCAAGGGCACGUCAGCCAUGAAGUGCGCGUUGACCAUCGGCGGCGUACCUUUACAUAGGUGCAUCUCUUCAUUACGUAGAGGUGGUGGCGCGGAUGUUGUUGUAGCGACGCCUGGGAGAUUGGCGGAGCUCAUAAGGCAGGGCCGCGGCCGGUUCGUGGACCAGGAAAUCGUAUUAUCGUUCGACAACCUCGAGACCUUUGUGCUAGAUGAAGCUGAUGCUUUACUCAAUGAGGAGGACGUCCCGGAAGUCAAGCGUUUUUUGGACGGCAUGGACCACGACUACCAGCUAGCAUUGGUGUCGGCGACCAUCACAAACAAGGUAAGGAAGUUCGCGCGGGGCGCCAUGGAGAUCGUCGAUGCGGGUGAUGUAGAUAUCAAUCAGUCGAGGAGAAUUGUGGAGCACGAAAGUAUCGCAGCCCCAGAAGCCGAGUGGCCCCAGGUCGCGUCCGAACUAAUACAGGGGUGCUCAAGUAAUGCGGUGGUCUUCUGUCGAUCUAUAGCGACGUGUAAAAGUACAGCGGAUAUUCUGAGAAGAUCUUUACCCGCGCAGACGUCCAUCAUAUUGGAACUGCACGGUGAUUUGGAUGCGGCCGCGAGAAGGCGCGUCUUCCGCGAAGCCCGUCAGAGUGAAGAUAGAUCAAUCAUUCUCGUUGCGACCGAUGUUGCUGCGCGAGGCUUGGACAUCGAGGACGUGGGUUUGUGUCUGCAGCUGGGAGCGCCUUUGAAAGCGGGUCGGCGGGGCGUUUUAGAUCCGGAUCUCUACGCGCACCGUUUUGGAAGAGCGGCGCGCGGCGGCGAGGCGGGCGCCUCCUCCAUCGUCGCGUUCGACGCGACGGCCGGCGAGGCUCCAAUGGUUGAGGCGCUGUCCGAAGACUAUCCCGAUUUGUGGCCGUCGAAGCCGCCGCCGGCUCCGUCAAAGGUGCGGGAGGCGGCCAUCCGGCGCGCUCUUGGCGCCUGCGACCGAGUAGACGAUGAUACUGUGGCGGCGGUCCUCGGCGACUUGCCGGCCCUCUCUGAUAAUGAGGCGAAGCGGUUGUUGGCGGCGGCGCUGGCGGCUUUGGCAAAUGUCAAAGUACAAGGCCGCCGCUCACGAGAAACGGGCAAGGCGAGCGACCGCACUUUAAGAGUGACGGCGUCGUCUGGAGGGUUAGCGCCAGGUGCUGUCGUGAAAGCAUUGAAGGCGCUGGGCUCGGGCAAGCUCGGCCGCGUCCGCGUCGUCGACGAGGGCUCAGCCGCGUUUGUCGAGGUGCCGGCGAAGCGCGCCGCGAAGGUCCUCGCCGCCGCGGCGGAGAGCGGCGCGCUGCCGGAGGGGUGGGGGCUCGCGGAGGACCUCGAGUAAGUGUUUUGUUUGUCCGUCG